GCGCCUUGGUAAGUGUCCAGUAUUCUACGGUUCUCCACGGGGCCUAGCAAUUCGUGGAUGGCAUACUCGGUAUGGUUAAGGCUCACCGUGUCCAGUUUCUCAUCCUUCUAACUGCUCUUGGGGCCUAUGCAGCCUACCUGGCCCAGAGAUAUUCAAUGCCUUUCCCGACUCCGCUUGGGGCCUUCACCAUUGUCUUGCCUGCUAUAUUAGGUUUCGCGUUCGAGUGACUGAUGCGUUGGAUUCGAAACACGAAGCGAAACUCCGGUGUCCGGCCCAUCCAACUGGCAAUCCUGACAGCCAUGACCAUUUACAUCACGUCUAUCGGCACGCUUUCCGGGACGUACCUCUCCACCGGCGACUCAAUCACCUGCUCGUUAGAGACCCAAUGGCGCCAUCUAUUCCAAAACAAAGACGAACAACGAGUGCGCGCGAUCCAAGACGCCUUCCGCUGCUGCGGAUUCCGUACCCCGCGCGACAUGCCGUGGCCGUUCCCUAGCGCGAGCCACGGGAUCGAUCCGACAACGUGUAGCCAUCAAUUUCGGCGGUCGGCGAGCUGCCUGGGGCCAUGGAUGGCGGAGGAGCGGAAGGCGGCGGGGAUUCUCGUCACGGUUGCCUGGGGGGUGUUUGUAUGGGGCGUCGUGGUGGUGACGGUGGCGAUGAGGCGUCAGAAUGAUGCUUCGCGGUUUGAGGAGCUUGAUUAUGAGGAGCAGCCUAGAAGGGGACGAGAAAUAGAAGGGGGAAGGGCGCUGGAAUAUUGAGACGAAGCGGAAUCGGGCCAGGCAAGGAGUGACACGCAAGCACAGCUUAGGAACAGUGGGGGAACUGAGAGCAAUGAGCGUAUGGCGCUGCUGGAUAAUUCGACCAGAACCGAGUGGACGGAAUGAUUCGCAAAGUCUAAGCAACUGGUUGACUGGAUGUGUUAUGCCGAUGUGGUUGAACAGGUUCGGUGUUGGUUCACCCUGCAGUCCUUCAAACAGAGAAAUGAUUCUUGAAGAACGUUUUGAUAUACUUAUGCCGUUGGUGAGGUUACGAGUAACUCUUUGCGAAUGGAGGAGAAUGGGAUAUUACUGGCGAUUCGAGGUUAAUUAGAUGAUGAUGCUCUUUGAUGAUUCAGACAGAGCAGUGCCGGAUAGAUG